AUGAGAAUCUACGAUUUACCAAUUCUCAAAUAUACAUUUUGUGUGUCAUGUUUAGUUUUAUUGAGCGAGACGAACGCUCAAAACUCGUUUGGAAUCAAAAGUUGUACAUUCAAAAAUGGACAAGAAUCGGUUGAAGUGAAUUGCGGAGAUACUUUACAACAUGACGACUGUUUCACAUCGCUUUUUGUUGGUAAUUGUUCCGAAAACAACCGAUCGAAAGUGAAAACGCUCAGAACUGUUAAGUGCGGUGAAAAUCUGCAAAAUUUGACAAAAAUAUUCCAAAAUGUGCGCGAACUAGACAUUUCAUUCGAUCGAAAUGGCCAUUUAUCUUCAGAUAAAUUGAACUAUCCAUUUCUGGAAAAACUAAAUGCUUCAAACAGUUACAUGGGCCUUGACAGCAGUGAUUUCGCGAACAUACCGAAUGUCAUGGAAAUCGACUUAUCGAACAAUCAAAUUUCUCAUGUCGGGGAUCAUUUUUCGAAUUUGAGACAGUUGAAACUGUUAGAUCUUAGUGGCAACUCGAUUGAGGACGUUCCGCCAGUGGAAAAUCUGAUAUUAAAUGUUGAAAAUAACGCAAUUGAAUUGAAUGGAAGACUUUUCUCACUGAUCAAAAAUAAUGUGACAUUGCGUCUGUCUUGGGAUAAAAUAAAUCAUUUAGACAAUGAUCUCUAUGCCAUGAGCGAUCCUCCGAGCUUAUAUCGGAUUGAUGUGGACGAAGAAAAUGUAAUAUUUCGUGUGACUGAGAGCAAUAAUACAUUACGUUGCAGCAGGUACCACUUCCAGCAUAUUGAAUUCUUUUCGUUUCGAAGAGAUCAUUUCGACAAUAUUCUGGAAUUAUUGGCUGCAAUGGGACCAUCAGUGCGGUAUCUAGGUCUGUCAUCGAAUUAUAUUGGAAAAAUUACCAGCACCACAUUCGAAAGGUUCACAAAGCUACGAUCUCUUUAUAUAGCCGACACGGACUUAACAGUCAUUGAACCGAACGCAUUCGAACAUCAAAAGGAACUUUGUAUUGUCGAUCUUUCAAAUAAUAAUUUGAAACAUGUUGAUCUGUCUCUUUUGAGUGGCAUCAACAAUUUGAAGAGUAUCAGCAUUAGUAAUAUUCAUGUAGAGAAUAUUCAAGAAAAAAUCAAGUUGUUACCAUCAUCUGUUGCAAUUUUGGAUGCAUCGUCUAAUUUUAUAGGGAAAUUGAAUGUUGACACCUUUGACAAUUUAACGAAAUUGUUCGAUCUUAAUUUACGAAACACGAGUCUGUUUGAAAUCGAACCGAACGCAUUUCAACAUACCCAAGGAUUGACAGAUCUUGUUCUUUCCUAUAAUCAUUUGAAACACGUGAAUUUCAAUGCUCGUCGAAUGGAGAAGCUUUCGUUGCAGGGAAAUGAAUUGGAUCUUAAUCUUGAUUUGAUUACAUCUGCCGCAUUUCCAGAUCUUAAAGAAUUGGUGUUAUCCAAAGAUAGGUUUUCUUGCGAAUAUUUGGAAUCGUUUUCGAAGCGAAUGAAGUGGCUACGAAUCCUUCGAGGUAAUCGCAACGAUUGUUACAAUGAGAUCGAUAACAUUAUGUAG